AGUCUGUGGUAAUUUAGUGCAGAUUGGACUCAGAACAUGGAACAACAUCAACAACCGCUCAACUCCGAUAAGGACAGUCAGAACUCAACCCGCUGUCGGCUCUGCACGGACCGUUGUCCACCGAACAAUGCCCUGUGGAAUCGGGACUUUCGCGAGAAGCUUCAGGAUGUCAUCUGCGAGUGGAUCAGUGUCGGCCAGUAUCACCACGCGGACAGCGUGUGCGACCCGUGCCGGAGUACGAUCGAAGAGUUUCACCAAUACAAGAAAAGUGGCCGAGAAAUAAUCCAGUUGAAGCGAUGCCCCAAGCCAGCGACCAAAAAUGCCAAAUCAGUCCCAUUCACAACCGUAGAUACCUCCUCACAAGAGCUCAUCAACGGUUUGCCCAAGAAGCAGUACUUCAAGCAGAAUCGCGUGCGAAACGGCCUCCGUUACGACGUACGCUGUUACGUGUGUGAGGCCGUCGUCCCUAGGCGCCGCUUCGAUGGCCACAUGAACCGGCACAAGGGCCUGAAACCGUAUCCCUGUGCCCACUGCGAGGAACGCUUCCCUUGCAGGCAGAAUUUGAUCCAUCACACCGCCCGAAAGCACGCCGAUGGCGAAGCAAUGCCGUGCCCCGAUUGUGACCAGGUGUUUACCAACCGGAUAGCCUUUAUGGAUCACCGCGCCCGGAAGCACGCCGAGCGGAAGUACGUCUGCCAGGUGUGCGGUUUCAAGUGUCGCCGGCCGCACCUGCUGAAAAGUCACAUGCGGAUCCACAGCCAGCGGCGUGAUCUGGUGUGUCACCUGUGCGGGAAGAGCUUCAAGUGGAAGAUGGCGUUGAGUGUUCACCUGCGCACGCACACCGGUGAGGCUCCGUACGCGUGCCACGUGUGUGCCGACCCGGCCCGUAAGUUUGUCCACCGGAAUAUGUACGUGGACCACAUGCGACGGUUACACCUAGGGGAGCCGAUUGCCAGGUUGGGCUCGAGUAAGGACGCAUCAACGGGAUGAGAUUCCGGAAAGGACUUCGGAUAUAACAGUGGAAAAUAAAUUAUUUUGUAAUAUACGGUAA